AUGGGCUUCAUGGACGCUAGGAAAAGCAACAUGUCGGGCGGCAACAUCAUCGGUGAUCCGUUCGCUCUCGCCACCAUCUCAUUGUCGGUCUUCGCGUGGCUCCUCGCCUUCAUUCCAUCAAUCAUCGCAGACAUUAAUCAACCAUAUCCCAAAUAUGCCUGGUGGACAAUCGCUUACAUGCUAUGCAAUAUUGUCGGCAUUACAGCAGUCUUCGCGACGAAUUCCGUGAACCACUAUCAACUAGCUAUUGUCGGCUACCUCGCUGCUGGUCUCGUCAUGACCACAUCCGCUGUCAACUCCCUCAUCUAUCAGAGCGAGGCCGCGAUGCAAGCUGCUGCUGCUGGCUUCAUCCUUCUGUCUAUCAUCGUGAUCGUCUGGAUCUUCUACUUUGGGUCCAGCCAGAAUUCAUCAUCCCGUGACUUCGUCGACCAAUUUGCUAUGAACAAAGAGAGAUCAUCGAUGUAUCGUGGAAACAACACCAACUACAAUGCCCCGGAGACAUCAUUGGCACAACCUCCUCAAAUGUACACAUCUGCUCAGCUCAAUGGUUUCGAGACUUCAUCUCCAGUAUCAGGAUAUCCAGGUGGUCCCAUGGGUGCUUCAGGCCGCGGCUCAGCAGCUCCACAGAUGACCACUGCGGCUGCCUCAGUCGUACCGAACAAGGAGGAGGGAGCAGCUCCAACCGAGUACCCUUAUCGAGCAAAGGCCAUCUACAGCUAUGAUGCGAACCCAGACGAUGCCAACGAGAUCAGCUUCGCCAAGCACGAAAUUCUAGAGGUAUCGGACGUGAGCGGCAGGUGGUGGCAGGCAAAGAAGGAGAACGGCGAGACUGGUAUCGCUCCUAGCAACUACCUCAUCCUCUUAUGA